UGACCGUAAUCAGAAUGAGGCAUCAAGCCACUGUAUAUUAUGGAUGAUUCAUCUUAUAGAAGUGACGGCUGCGUGGAAUGCUUCUACAAACUCAAUCCAGUAAUUUUCUCAUGUCUAUGGUGCAGACUUGAUUGGAUUUUGACAGAAUAUGUGUACCACGAAACAUUUCGCGUUCUACGCAAGUGCUUGUAGUUUUUAUUAGUCACACCGCACUGCUAUUCAACGUAUUGUUUCAUGGAAAAUGUGCGAAUAAUAUUUCAAGAGUGCAGUGCAUCGAACAAAGCUGCAUUUCAGGAUCUUGAAAAACUAAGAGUACAAAAUGAAGCCUUUAAUUGAAUUCGAGGAAUGUUUGCGAGAUACACCAAAGUUUCGAUCAUGCAUCGAAGAAGUAGAAAAAAAUGUAGAUCAACUUGAACAAAAGUUGGAUAAGGUAUUAAAGAAUUGUAGCCUAACUAUCGAUACUGGAAAAGCCUUUGUUGGACAACAAAACCAAUUUGCUAACAGUCUGUGGGAUCUAUCUUUGUACUUCAACGAUGAUCCGGAAAUAAUGGCAUUUUUAAACAAACUUAUUCAUGCUUUACAAGAAAUGAACAAGUAUCAUACUAUUUUAUUAGACCAAGCUUCUAGAACGGUGAUGAAAGAUCUUAAUAAUUUUAUAAGAGGUGACAUCAAGAAAGUGAAAGAAUCUCGGCAUUACUUUGAAAGAAUAUCUAGUGAUCUUGAUGUUGCACUAAAUAGGAACUCUCAAGUACCGAAAUCUCGGCCUACAGAAUGUGAAGAGGCAUCGAAUAUUCUGUCAGCUACUCGAUCCUGUUUUCGACACACUGCAUUAGAUUAUAUACACGCAUUGACGAUGUUGCAAGCGCACAAACGACAUGAAAUAUUAGGCACAUUGCUGAGCUAUAUGCAUGCAUGCAUUACUUAUUAUCACCAAGGUAGUGAUCUUGCUCAAGAUUUAGAUCCGUUUUUGAAAGAUCUUGAUGAAAAUUUAGUUCAGAUGAGAAAUGAUUCAGUCAAACUUGAAAAAGAAAUGGAAAAUCGGCAUAUUUACGUUAAUAGUCGAGAUCUAAUCCCUUCUCCAGAACCUGGCAAUCCUAAAAUGGAAGGCUAUCUAUUUAAAAGAACCAGUAAUGCCUUCAAGACCUGGAACAGGAGAUGGUUCUGUUUGAAGGAUCAUCAACUAGUAUACCGAAAACGAACAGGUGACGAAGGUUAUACAAUUAUGGAAGAAGAUUUGCGACUAUGUACUGUAAAACCUGUAAUUGAUUGCGAUAGGAAAAAUUGCUUUGAGGUUUUAAGUCCUACAAAAAGCCACAUGUUGCAAGCAGAUAGCGAAGAAACAUAUUUGGCCUGGGUGACUGCGAUGCAACAAGCUAUUGGUGCUGCUAUUCAGAGAGGUAUGAGUAUAAGUACUAAUACCAAUCCGAAUGAAUCGCAAUCAUGUGAUAAUAAACGACUUGUGAGACCAUUAACGAGACCAAAAUCAAGAGUGUGGGAACAGUUAUUGAAGAUCUCAGGUAAUGACGUUUGUUGCGAUUGUGGCGAUGUUAACCCAAGGUGGGCUAGUAUCAAUCUAGGCAUUACACUUUGCAUAGAAUGUUCUGGUGUACACAGAAGCCUUGGAGUACAUUAUAGCAAAGUUCGUUCCUUGACUUUGGAUGAUUGGGAGCCAGAAAUACUAAAAGUGAUGGCAGAAUUAGGUAAUACCGUAAUAAACACUAUAUAUGAAGGUCUGCCUUUAUCCGCCGACAUUAUUAAAGCUACGCCAAAAUGUGAUAGUAAUGUUCGAGAAGCGUGGAUAAAGAUGAAAUACGUAGAUCGUAAAUUCGUAAAACCUCUGAUUGACGUGCCAACUGGACAUCACGUCAGUCGAGAACAAAUGCGUUUCCGGAAGUGGAGCGUGCGUAAGCUACGUCGUAGACCACGCAGUUGUGAUAAAAUCGACAGUAAUGAUCGUAAUAAAUUGGCAUUAUCAUCCGUAAAAGAAAACCCUCAUACAAGUUUGGAUGACAGUAAGCAUACGUCAAUCGAUAGUUUGAAUUCCAUUGACAAAGCGAAAAAAACAGAACGGAUUUCAGUAAGUUCUGAUGAUAGUGCUAAUGUAGAAUUGAAAAACAACUCUACUCUUUAUAGAAAAAUCUUAAAUCGUUCGCAAAACGAUCUGAAUGAUGCUAAACAUGCUAAAAAUAUCCGUGUUGUGAGCGACGAAUUGGUACAAGAUACAGAAAGUGAACAAAAACUGAAUGCAUCAAGAACGGGUACCGAUACGUUUUCAGUUAGUGAAUCAGACGACAACUUCAACAAACAUAUCAGUAAUACCAAAGACGAGAAAAAAAUUUCAGAAAAAGAUUCUAAAUCAGAGAAGAAUUCUAACGAAAAAGUAGAAUCAAACGUUUUAAUGUUUGGUUGCGAUGUGCCAAAACUCGCUAUCGAUAGCAACCUAGAAUUGAGUUCUGAUCAAGAUUCAACAGCUGGAGAAGAUGAGGAAUUUACCAAUGAAGAAGAUAUAGAAAAUUUACAUCCUGAGAUGCUGCUUUACAAAGCUGCAGCGGCACACAAUUUACCUGUGAUGUGUGCAGCAUUGGCGGCUGGCGCAGACAAAUUAUGGUCUAAUGUUAAUGAUAAAAACCGUAAUGCCCUGCAUCAAGCAAUAAUAAGCGGUUCUGUUAUGUCGUGCGAAUAUCUUCUCCUGAAUGGCGCACGAAUUAAUUGUCAAGACGCUGAGGGGAAAACACCGUUACAUUUAGCGACCGAAUUAGGACAUACCGCACAAGUUUGUUUACUUCUAAAGCAUCGUGCUGAUCAGCACAUAGAAGAUGAAAGUGGAAUAAAACCUUUGUCGAUUGCUGUAAAAGAAGCGAAUGCUGACAUUGUCACUUUAUUACGACUCGGCCUCCUAAAUGAAGAAAUGAAAGACUCUGAAAUAGGCGUCACCGGUGAUGAAACGUUCAAUGAUGUCGUUCGUGAUUUCAGUCAAUUGGCUUGUUCGCAUCCAGAACGAUUACAACGUCGAAAUGAAGCUACGAAUCUACCACACAUGCCUGAAUGAGGUUUACAAAUUCUAUCAUAACCAACUACAAAGCUUUAUGAACAAAUAAUAUUUUAUAUAUUAUAAAUUGCAAAAUCUCUUCUCCCCCUCCUUCCCUUCUUUCUCCCUUUCUCUCUCCCUUUCCCGAACACAUAAUCGAAGAGUAUUGAAUUAUCAUAUAAAUGUAAGUGAAACUGGCAUUUUAAAACGCUUUAUAUGAAAAAUUUUCAAAUAUCAAUUUUUUUCACUUUUGUAAACUCUUGUAAAAGAUAAACAAUUAUCCUAAUAUUUAAAAUGGAUCCAUAUAUUGCGUUUUUUAAUCUAAUAUAUAUGAUUUAAGCUGUGUACAUCGAAAGUUUCAUUUUACACUGGUAAGCUUUAAGUUUAUUGUUAAGUACAUUACGGUCUAAAGAGAGAUAUAACUCUAAGAUAGAUUUUUCUAUGCAUACAUAUAUCUUCAUAUAUAUCUU